AACAAAAAGCGGAAUAAGAGACAAGAUUGUAGAAAGAAGUCGAAGAAACGGAUAGGAGAACUUUACUCUCAACUUUCAUGGCAGACGCACGAGAUAAUCAGAAAGAAGAACCAAAGGAGAAUGAAGACUUGAGAUUUGGAACAAACGGAAUAGGUCGGAUGCAACAGAGUUUAGUUCCACUGAAAAAACGAUGGUCUCUGCAACAAGAGAGAUCGAGAAACGUGGAAAUGCAGAGGAGAGGCCAUGAAAAGGAGUCGAGUUCCGUUGAAAAAACGAUGGGACCACCUCCUGUAAUGGGGCUUAGUUAUUUAGGGAGAAUGUCUUAUGAGAGAACUGAUGGUACAGUGUCAAGAUAUUUGCCGGAGAAGAAGGGCAAAGAAGACUCGGUUUUGAGGAUAAACGAAGCGGGUCAGAUUCGUGAUUACCAAAACUCUUACACAGACACGCGAGAGGUUCUGCAAAAAAAGACACCACCGAGAGAUAGUGAAUCCCAAUGGAUAUUUGAUGAGAGAACACAGAGGAGACUAUUGAAACGCACUGCAACAGUUUGCCGUCGGUGUUGCCCGUGUCGCAACGGAAGAAGUUGCCGUUACAAUCAUCCAACUCAAAUUCCACAGGUGAGGACUACUGUGCCGAUUUGUAAGUAUUUGAUGAAAGGAUAUUGUAAGCUCGGUUCAGUUUGUGGCUUUCAACACAUAAACGACAGGAAUGGUCCAGAACCUAUGCAUCAGGCUAGUCCUACGGAUGCGAGAGCUCAGAGGAGAUAUGAAACAGAGUACUCAGGAUCCAGGCCAGAGAAGAAGGCAAAAACUACACCAGAUUCCAGAGAGUGUGAUUCAAGAGACAGAUCCGAAGAUAUAGAUGAAGGGGAAAUCCGAGAGCGAGAUAAUCCGCAGGAACAGAUACAGAGAAGUACUCCGGAUCCCCGAAUGCGUGAUCCAAGACGCCAUGCUACAAAGGAGAUGAAUCGCAGCGUUGAUGCUCAAAAGAAUAUGCAGGAACAAACUGAGAGGCAGAUGAGAGAGGCUCAGUACAAUCUUCAGGAGCAGAGAUCAAUAGGAGAAGGCAGAAAACUUAGUCGUCUAAUCAAAAUAGCGAAGGGAGCCAUGCAAAUGAGAGACGCGCAGAAGAGAGAGGCUCAAGAGAAUAUGCAACAACACUAUAACAGUGAUCACAGGAGAUGCCAGAGAAUCAAAAAGUAGAUGGAGAAAAGAAGAGGCACACCAAAGAGAACUUUCAGAUGAUUUCUUGGAUUGCAAGAAACUGAUGAUAUGUGUUGAAAGAAGAAUUAGAUUAUGCUUUCUAGUUGUUUCAAUUCUGGAAAACUAUCAUAGUAAACAAUUUCAUUUACAUUUGUAUGGAUGU